UCGUCUUGCAUUCAUAAACGGAUAUUAAAGUCGCCCUACUGAAUGUACAGUAAAGCACACCGUUUAGUUUCACCAUGGCGGAAGAAGAUGAUCCGGCGCUUCGGACUCUACAGAGCCUCAGGGGGAAAAUUUGUGAAGCAAAGAACUUGCUUCCAUACCCUGGACCCAACAAGAUGAGAGGUUGCUUCUGUACAGUAAGCCUGGACCAAGAGGAGGUCUUCCGCACCAAGGUUUUUGAAAAAAGUUUAAGCCCCUUCUAUGGAGAAGACUUCUACUUUGAGAUCCCAAGGACUUUUCAGUAUUUAUCCUUUUACGUUUAUGCUAAGGGAUUUAUGCAAAGGGAUUUGCCAGUAGGUAAAGUUGCAAUUAGAAAGGAAGAUCUCAGUAAAUACAGCGGGAAAGAACACUGGUUUAGUUUGCAAUCUGUGGAUCCAAACUCUGAAGUACAGGGCAAGGUUCACAUUGAGAUGAAACUCAACGAACUUAUUACGGAUAAUGGAUCUGUGUGUCAGCAGCUUUUAGUGCGAAUAAUUGAGUGCCAAGGCUUGCCACUGAUAAAUGGCCAAAGCUGUGACCCGUACGCAACUGUGUCUCUUGUUGGACCUUCUAGGUCGGAUCAGAAGAAGACCAAGGUGAAAAAGAAAACCAGUAGCCCGCAGUUUGAUGAAACGUUUUAUUUUGAGGUGACAAGAUCCAGCAGCUACACAAAAAAGUCACAGUUCCAGGUUGAAGAAGAGGACAUUGAAAAGCUUGAAAUUAAGGUGGACCUGUGGAACAAUGGGAACCUUGCACAGGAUGUUUUUCUGGGUGAGACCAAGGUAUCGGUGAAGGUUUUAAGAAAUGAUUCGUCUCACCAGGCUUGGUAUUUGUUACAGCCGAAAGACAAUGGCAACAAGACCUCAAAAACCGAUGACUUGGGCUCCCUGCGAGUAAAUCUAACCUACACAGAAGACCACGUCCUUCCGUCGAACUACUACAUUUCUCUGAGAGAUCUGCUGCUCAAAUCACCAGAUGUUAAGCCUAUCUCUGCCUCCGCUGCUCACGUUCUGUGCGACAUCUGCCGAGAGCGAUACGAGGCGGUGCUGCCUGUUGUACGGCUGUUAUUGCAUUACAAUAAACUGGUUCCUUUUGUAACUGCCGUAGCUGAGCUGGAGCUUGAGCAGACACAAGAGGCCAAUACAAUUUUCAGAGGAAACUCCCUGGCGACUCGUUGCCUGGAUGACAUGAUGAAGAUUGUUGGGAAACGAUACUUGACCGUAACUUUGAAGCCUGUUUUAGAUGAGAUCUGUGAAUCCAACAAACCAUGUGAAAUCGAUCCCAUAAAACUGAAAGAAGGGGACAAUGUAGAAGUAAAUAAGGAGAAUCUGCAUCAGUACGUGCAGAAAGUCUUCAAUUCCAUUGUGCAUUCAAGUAUGAGCUGCCCUACCCUGAUGUGUGACGUGUUUAAUGCUUUACGACAAAUGGCAACAAAACGCUUUCCUGAUGACCCCCAUGUGAAGUACUCUGCAGUGAGCAGCUUUGUGUUUCUGAGGUUCUACGCAGUGGCUGUGUUAUCUCCUCACAGUUUCCAUCUCCGAUCUCAUCAUCCAGAUGCACAGAUGUCUCGAACAUUAACGCUCAUUUCCAAAACUAUUCAAACAUUAGGAAGUUGGGGCAGUUUAUCCAAAAACAAACUGUCAAGUUUUAAGGAGACCUAUAUGUAUGAUUUCUUCAAAUCCUUCCAAGAAGAAAAAUGUAUAGAAGAAGUUAAAAGGUUUUUAGAUGAAAUUUCCUCAACAGGAAGUAAAGAGUCCAGUGGAGUAGAAGAGUCUUUGAUUCUUAAAGAAGGUGAAGUACAGAAAAGAGCUCAGGGAAGGAAGCGACUUGGCAAAAAAAACUUCAAGAAGCGUUGGCUCCGUUUGACCACCAGAGAGCUCUCCUAUCACAAGCAACCAGGCAAAGAAGCAUUGUGCAUAAUUCCCAUCAGAAACAUUCUGGCAGUGGAAAAACUUGACGAGAGUGCAUUUAAUCGAAAAAAUAUGUUCCAGGUAAUUUAUACUGAGAAACUGCUUUACGUUCAAGCAAAUAACUGUGUGGAGGCCAGCGAGUGGGUGGAGAUUCUCAGCCGGGUCAGUCGCUGUAAUCAGGACAGACUGAGUUCUUACCAUACCUCAGCCUAUCUCUCUGGAAACUGGCUCUGCUGCAAGGCCACUUCUGAGACACAGGCUGGCUGCAAGCCAUGUACCGCGACCAUGCCAGCAAAUAUCCAGCUCGAUAUUGAUUGUGACCGAGAAACUGAGAGGAUCUAUUCAUUAUUCACAUCAAACAGUUUAAAACUACUGAAGUUAGAAGAGGCCUGUGCAAGUAUGGCGGUGUACCAAGGCCCUCAAAAGGAGCAAGAUGAUUAUUCCCAUUUUACAAUCGAGGAUUCAAGGGAAACCUUCAAUACGAUCAAACACAUCCGCGAAGUUACGGAAAAGCUUCUAGAACAUCAUGAGACUUUCCAAAAGAAAAGAUCAACCAGCACUAAAUAUGGCAGCGAGGACAAUCCAAUUGUAGGAAAGGCAUCACAACACCAAUGAAGACAGCAUGGAAAAGCUUUUAGAGAACUGGAAUUCUACAGUUUGUAAUCGUCAUGUAUUGCUUCAUUGAGAUACUAAACACUGGAAUUGCACUGAAACUGCAGGUACCAUUCAGAAGAACACACAUCCAUUUGUGUUAAUGCAAUACAAAUAUCUGGAACAAGUAGAAUUAGUGAUUUUUUACUUUAUUCCAUUUAAGAGUUGUGUGUCCCUUUUUUUAUUUUAUAGACUUGUAUAUAAAAAAAAAAAACAUAAUUUUGUACAGAAUGCCAGAGAAUAACUUAAACCAUUUUGAAAUACAAAUAAGCAACUUUUCAAAUGCUGCUAAUAUAAUUUAUCUGUUUUCAUUUCUUAUUAUAAUUUAAAUAUGCCAGUAAUUCUAAAAUUAUGAAGCCACUUUUUUAUUUUACUUUUUUAAUGGUAAUAUCUCAUUAAAAUGUUCAAAAAGGGAAUAUUUUAACUUUGAAUGAACAGCAGGUGUGGUGUUGAAACUCCAGUGUGUAUGCAUGCUUUUAACACCAUACAGUUUUGAUGGAAAGUAAAACUAAUCUGCCUUAUUUGUGUUGUAUUAAUGUAUAUAAAUGUUUUAAUUUGUCUUGCAUGUAAAUUUAUAUCCAGAAAGAAAAAUCACAUACAAGCACUUUAGACAUUUGGAAUAUUCCAGAUACAAUUAUUUAGAUACAUUUAGUAUCCAUUUAUUACAUUCUGAUCAGUUUAAAUGAUCAAUAUUUUGUAACAUUUUUAAACUAUAUAUACAAAUGUACAAGCAUAUUUGUAUCCUGUUGAUUUUUGUUCUAACAAAUUUCUAACACCAAAGAGAUUUUUCACCUAAUAAACUUGAAAUAAAAAAUAAUAAUAAUAAAAAUAAACAUUUUGAAAAGGAAGGUCAUUUUAGUUUUUCAUACAAGUCUUUUUUUCUUUAAAAACCCACAUUAGCUUGGUCUCUAUUGGAGCCCUUAUGUUAAGAAGGCAUUGCUGUUUGCAAAGGUUGCCACCAUUCGAAGGGGUAAAAAAAACCUAGACGGAUGGUAAGCAGUUAAAGUUCAAAGCACAUUUUAGCAGUCCAAGGUCUGGAGCCAUUCCAGGUCCCCAUGAAUUUAGCCUUCCUCUGUCCAGACUGGGUACCGUAUUGACGUUCCACCUAUUGUACUGCAAGUAGUUUUCAGGCUUGGGAUUUUGUAUACAUAGACUGUGUUCAUUUUAUUUCAGAUUUUGACCAAUGCAUAUUGUUUUUUUGGUUUGUUUGUGUUUAAUUUGUGGCAGAAGUGUUGGUCACACAAGUAUUAAUUAGCAUUUAAGAAAGAAAUGUUACACUAAUCUUUUACCUUUUAAAUUGGGUACACCUGUGAGCAACAAAAGCAUGCAGUAGAAUCCAGUAAUCCGGAAAAUCCUAUUGGGUUUCUUACUGGCAGCAGUAUGCCUCGCCCACAACUACAACAUUGAUGAUUGUUUUCCAAUGCCUUUCAGUUGUACUGCUGUAAAUAUUAUUUGUAAAAUACUGUUUUUUUUUUUUUUUUCUCUCUCAUUUAGCAAUAUUAUGCUUGAAAGGCAAGUUUAGAAUAUGGUACAUACACAAGACCAGCAGUGUGGAGCAAUGGUGCUUGUAUGCUCUGAAAUGUUAGGAACAAUCCUACAAUUAAACCGUUUUAAGCGACGUAAAUCAGCUGACACAGAAACAGAAACCGCCAUCCUGUAUCUCUUAAGCAAUGCAAAGUAGCAUUCUGGUACACCCAUGUUGAUUUUAUGCUUAGAAAUGUUACACCAAAUACACCAAGCAGAUAAGGUUUAGGUCAUGAUUCAGAAGUAUUAAAAAGACAAUAUCGAGUCUUUGUGAUGUGUAAAAACUGUAGAUACACAUUUCUACUCCAUUUCUCUUUACUUGGCUAAGCAUAGUUGCACUGUUUAUUUUUUUGGGACCUUUUUUUUUUUAUAAAAAUCAGUAUGAAAAUUCAAUGUGAUCAUCAUGCUGACAAUUUACACCUUGAGUGUGAAACUGUGACAUUUUUGGUACUGCUGUUGGUAAACUGAUUCUAACAUUUUAUGAGUGUGACCUUGAAUGAGAUUGUGCAGAAUAACAGCUCUCUGGUGCAAUAGACAAGUGGCAUGUUUCAUACUGUAUCUAUUAUUUUGACUGCAGAAGCAACUUUAGUGUCACCUCACUGUUUCUGAAAGCCUUAUUGGUGAGCUGUGGGAUUGUGAAAUAUCUGAAAAGAAUGAGUUGUAACUUGCAACAUUUUGCAACUUAUGUAAUUUGCCACACAGAUGAUAAAAAGUGUGUGAAGUCUACACAGUACAUUGAACUAGUACAUUAAAACACAGUACAUUAAAAAAGAAACAAAUUCCUGACACAAACCACAAACUUCUGUGCCAUGUUUUCAAAUAUAUUGGAUGUGUAACAAGAUCAGUUUUCUCAGACAAACAUGUGCGUGAUGAAUGGUUUAGAGAAAACUGGUUCUGUAUUAAAGGAACCGUAAUGCUAGAAAAUACAGGUUUCCAGAACAAAUCUCUGUGUUCUGUUUAGAAACAGUUCAAUGAACAAUGAUUUUACUAUGCUCUACUGUCAAAUGUAAUUGGUACGAGUACUUUUAAACAUUUCAAUAAGUAUGCAAAUUAAUGUACAGUGAAUCCUGUCAAUGUAGUUGAUUUCUAUAACUACAUAUUUUAUCUAAGUGUAUCUUUUUUGUUAUUUAAAAUGUGUUUUUGAAAACUAAAAAAACCUAAAAUGAAAUAUUGCCUUUUUAUGUCUGCAAUUCAGAAAUAAUUAGUAAUAAAAUAUUUCCAGCAGAAUGCAUUUGUCUC